GCCUCCGCUUCGCCUCAAUGGCGGCGGGGGUGGUCUUGACGUCAUCAGCGCGCGACGCGAAGGACUAGCCUUCGCCUGCUGCUAAGAUGGCGGCGCUGGCGCUGGCGAGGAGGGAAGCUUCGCGGCUGUUGUUGCUGCUGAGGGCCACGGCCCCCCGGAUGAGCCAAGUCUCCGCAGAGCCCAGCCCUGCUGACCCCAGAUACCCAGGGAUUGUGGAGUCCAGCGAGGAAUACAAACAUGUGGAGAGGCUCCUACCCGCCACCCGAGUACCAGACCCCCCAAAGCACCACCGAUACCCCACGCCGUGCGGGUGGCAGCCGCCCCGAGAUCCACCCCCCGACCUUCCGUUCUUUGUCCGACGCACGCGGAUGCACAACGUCCCAGUCUACACGCAAACCACCCACGGCUGCCGGAAGAUGACAGUCAUCAGGAAGAUCGAAGGCGACAUUUGGGCCCUUGAGAAGGAAGUGAAGGCAUUCCUGACAGAACGGUUGGGAGAAACGCCCCUCACCCAAGUGAACGAAGUUGCCUGCAGCAUUCGCAUCAAGGGCUAUUUUGACCAGGAACUAAAGACGUGGCUAAUGGAGAAAGGCUUUUAAAUUCAAAACACUUCCGAAAGACUCGUUUAUCUUCUGCAAAGAUCUGCAUUGUAAUUUGUUGUGGUGUAUAAUGGGAACAGCAAGGGAAAGCAUUAUCUGUGUCAUGGCCAGCCUCUUAUUCAUGUGAGGAGUAUGCCAGCUAAUCUAGUUCAACUGUUUAGACCUCUGCCUUAAGUAAUUCAGGAAAUGCUUGUUAUUGUACUGCCAUAUACACAAGUCUGGCUCUACAUUGCAUAUUUAAGAGGUGGGCUAAAGCAAAUGUUGCAUGUAUGACUCAAUGGUGGCUUUUGGAGAUCCUUUCCAUCACAUGCACAAAACAAUUACUGGUUGAAGGGUUUUUGUUUUUUGAACUAGAAAUGGUUCUAGGACCUUUAGCAAAUUGAAGGCAAUGGUCUUCAAACUCCCUGUUCAAUAAGUUAAAAAGAACACAAACUGGCUUUGGGGCUAAUAAAUCUAUGAAACAGGG